GCAGUUGAUCAUGGUAAUACAAGGGACAGUUGUUCUUUCGCUCUAAAGUGUUCGAUUUUUCUUCAGAAUUCGAAACGUUCUUUCGCAAGUGCAGUGCAACCUUGGUGAAUUUCUUACGCAAAAUGAAAGUUUAUUAGGCAAGACUAUUUAAAUAAACUUUGAUUCUACAUUCACGCAAUUAGCUUGAUUUUUAAUCGCCGCAUCAGAAAAAUAGAAUGAGUCUAAGCCAGCAAGAAACAAUCAAUCUGAAAGUCCCACAGGAACUCCAGGCCAGCACUUCAUUGGAUUUUAGUUUCCAUAAUGUGUCUUACACCGUCGGAAAAGGUAAAAAUGUUAAAACAAUUUUACAUCAAAUGAGCGGAAUCUUCAAGUCCGGUCAGCUGACGGCCAUUCUAGGGCCGUCCGGAGCGGGAAAAACUUCGUUAAUGAAUAUUCUAGCCGGCUUAAAAACAAGUGGAAUCGAUGGACACGUUGAAGUUAAUGGUGAAACACGGGAGUUGAAAACAUUUCGCAAACAAUCAGUUUACAUCACACAACAGGAUCAUCUGUUACAAGACUUAACCGUCUACGAGUACAUGAUGUCUGCUGCUCAUCUGAAACUAGGCAAUAAAUUCUCUGACAAAGAAAAGAAAUCCGAGACUAAGCUGGUUAUGAAGACAUUAGGCCUGAUAAAUAGUAAACAUACACGAAUUUCCUACUUGUCUGGAGGGGAACGUAAGCGGCUCUCAAUUGGAGUGGAGUUGUUUAACAAUCCUUCCAUUUUAUUUUUGGAUGAACCGACAAGCGGACUGGACAGCUCGUCGAGCAUGCAAUGUGUUACAUUAUUACGUGAAAUCGCCAGGAGCGGUCGAACAGUUGUUGCCACUAUUCACCAGCCAAGUUCACGAUUAUUGGACCAGUUUGAUCAAUUGUACAUCGUUGCAAGCGGAUCGUGUAUUUACCAAGGGCCAGUAGAAUCUUUAGUGCCCUAUUUAAGGAUCAUCAACUUGAGAUGCCCCAGCUAUCACAAUCCGGCCGAUUUUGUAAUGGAUGUGGCUUCUGGAGAACAUGGUGACGUGCUACACCAGUUGACGUCAAUUGUUAAAAAUGGUCGUCUCAUUUACAAUCAAGAUUCAGAAUCUGGUUCACUUGCUAUACCGUCUAGUGAAGUAGACGAAUUGAAAGAAGAUCUUAAAAGAGACAACGACAAAAAGAAGCCGAAUAAGAAAAAUCGACCGGUGUACGCCGUACCGUUUCAUACGCAAGUGUCUGUCCUGCUCAAUAGAACCUGGCGAACUAUUUGGAGAGAGAAGAUGCUUACGAAGGUGCGCUUUUUUACUCAUGUUAUAUUUGCUGUCUUUUUCGGACUGAUGUUCGGAUCCGUCGGAAACGACGCCACCUAUACCUUAAACAACGCUGGAAUGCUCUUCUUCAACCUCAUCUUUAUUGUGUUCACCGCCGCCAUGCCAACCGUCGUGACCUUUCCGCUGGAGAGGAAAGUUCUGGCUCGAGAGCAUUUGAAUAAUUGGUACAGUCUCAAAGCGUACUACAUUGCCAAGACCCUCGCCGACAUUCCGUUCCAGAUAUUAUUUCCUACCGUGUACUUGGUGAUAGUCUAUAUAAUGACUAAGCAGCCGAUGAGCAUGGAACGUUUCAUCAUGUUCCUGUUAAUCGUGAUCGGAAUAUCGCUGGUGGGACAAGGAGUGGGACUCUUCUUCGGCGCCGGGUUUGAUAUCCAAGAAGCCGUUUUCCUCGCGCCAACAAUGGCCAUUCCUUUACUGAUUUUCGCUGGUUUCUUUAUCAAAUUGGGUGCCGUCCCACCGUACCUGAACUGGUUGACAUAUGUCAGUUUCUUUCGCUACGGUUUCGAAGGAUCCAUGUUAGCCAUCUAUUACGGACGCCCGCCUGUCGAUUGCUUUCAACCUUACUGCUACUUUCGUUCGCCUUCCAAGUUAUUGGAGCAAUUUGACAUGAGUCAAAGUUCCUAUUUAUUGUGCAUUGCUGGACUGCUGUUUUAUUUUGUUGCCAUGCGAUUUGCUGGUUAUUUUCUCCUGCGCUUCAAGCUGAAGAGUAUGCGUUAAAUCGUCUUCUGGGUUGAUAUAUCACAAGUUCUUUUUUGUAACGAUCACUCGUAAUAUUGAAGUGUGAAAUCAUCAUUAUUGAUCAUACUUUGACGAAAUUGAUCACGAUAAAACCAAUAAACAAAGGACUGUUA